GGAAACUGUUGUGUUGAAAGGAAGAAUUAACUGGUCUUUCAACUUCAGCCUUUUUAUUGUGAGAGGGAAGAUCACAGAAGUGUUACCAUGGGGAGAACAGCAGCUAAAGAACAGUUUAAUUGGGAUGAUUAUCUGAAAGAGACUGAAUCAGUAGCUGCCCCUCUACAUUGUUUCAGACAGUCUAGAGUUCCACCUACGAACGAUUUCAAAGUUGGUAUGAAACUGGAAGCCCAUGAUCCUCGCAACGUUACCUCAGUUUGUAUAGCUACAGUAAUUGGAAUCACUGGUGCCAGGCUAAGGUUGCGGCUGGAUGGAAGUGACAACAAAAAUGAUUUUUGGAGGCUUGUGGAUUCCACGGACAUACAGCCCAUUGGGACCUGCGAAAAGAAAGGAGGCAUGCUCCAGCCUCCGCUUGGGUUCCAGAUGAAUGCAUCGUCUUGGCCAAUGUUUCUCUUAAGAACUCUCAAUGGAGCUGAAAUGGCACCCGCAGCAUUCUUUAAAAAGGAACCACCAAAACCUGUGCCAAACUGCUUUAAAGUUGGAAUGAAACUUGAAGCUAUAGAUAGGAAGAACCCGUACUUAAUUUGCCCAGCAACCAUUGGAGAUGUUAAAGGAGACGAAGUUUUUGUUACAUUUGAUGGCUGGAGAGGAGCAUUUGACUAUUGGUGCAGAUGUGAUUCUCGAGAUAUUUUCCCAGUCGGGUGGUGUAGCUUGACAGGAGAUGCAUUACAACCACCAGGGAACAAUGUUUCCAUUACAAAGAGCAGUGCAAAAAUCCAAUCUUCCCCUUCCAAAGUGACCCGGCGUUCAAUGCAGUCUCCACAGAAAUCUGCUCCAGUACCAGCGCAACGGGGCAGGAAACCAGGUCGGGGCAAACCCCCUGGACAGUCUGCAGUUCCCAAGAAGGGCAGGUCUCCUAAAAAUAUUCCCCUGACAAAAAGCACCUCUCAUACUGAAAAUCUUAAAACAAGGAAAAAAAGUUUAAAACCUGGAAAAAAGAAAAAAAUCUUGCCGGAACAACUGACUCCUGCAUCUCCUUCUCCUCAUUCUUCUCCUGAGGGGAACAGUGGCGCUACGCAGAUACUUAAAGAUGGAAUUAGUUUGUCUGGUGCAACUGCAGCAGUUAUAUCCACAGUAUGUGUUUAUGUCAACAAGCAUGGAAAUUCUGGGCCUCACCUGGAUAAGAAGAAGGUAGGACCAGGUCCUGUCAAUGUGGUACUUCAGCAGGCUGUACAGGCUUGCGUGGAUUGUGCCUAUCAAUCCAAAACAGUCUUUGGAUUUCUGAAAUCUGGCCAUCACGGAGGGGAAAUGAUAACUGCUUCCUUUGAUGGGGAAAAGCACGCCAUCAAUCUUCCUUCUGUAAACAGCGCAUCAUUUGUCCUACGCUUCUUGGAGAAACUCUGCCACAGCCUGCAGUGUGAUAAUCUCUUUAGUAGCCAGCCUUUCAGCCCUUACAUGGGAUGUGCACACAGUCCUACAGAGUAUGACAGGAACAAACCAGCAAAAGAAGAAAUACCUGAAAACAGGAGUGCUAAACGAUACUCUCAGGACUCUCCACCAUAUACUGCUCCUCUUUCCCCUAAGCUUCCCAGAAAUGAUGCUCAUCCAUCUGAAGCAGAAACAUUACCUAUAGAAGAAAACAGCACUUCCAGAGAACACCGAUUUUCUGAGGACUCUAUGGAUUCUGCACUUAGUUCUGUAAAUCCUUCAAGCCCGACCCGUCGAAAUUCCACAGAAUAUCGUACUUCAGGGAGUGCAGCAUAUUACAGAAAUUCCCUUCAGCCAGUGACUGCUACCUCAAAUUCAGCCCUAAUCCUGCGCAGGCUGUCCUUGAGCUCUGCUGGGAGCAGCAGUUACUAUGAAGUUAGUAGGAAUCGAAUACAGAGGCGGAUUGAAGCUGCAAGUUCCACAACUGGACCGGAUCUGAAUUCACUAAAAAGGGAACCUUCAAGAAUAUUGAAUAAGGAUCCUUCCACCUGGUCAAUAGAGGAAGUAAUGCGUUUUGUGAAAGAAGCUGAUCCACAGGCACUAGCUCCACAUGCAGAACUCUUUAGGAGACAUGAAAUUGAUGGGAAGGCACUACUCUUACUGAGGAGUGAUAUGAUAAUGAAAUAUAUGGGACUGAAGCUGGGGCCUGCCCUAAAGUUGUGCUACCACAUUGAAAGACUUAAACAAGGAAAGUACUAGCCAGUGGGGAUACCACAAAUACGUGUGUUCGUAUCACACUAAGCUCUCAGGUUCACAGCCAUCGCCUUUAUUUUAAACUAUUUUGCUGAUAUAAAUCAUCUUUAUUUUUUGAAAAUGCCCUCAAAAUGUAAAAAAGACAUUCAGGAUGAAGAGGGAG